CUUUUCUCCGUUCCAGCGGCGGCGACAGAUCGAAGCCCGACGACGGCGGUGAGUGCGCAGCGGCGCCGGCAGAUCGAAGCCCGGCGACGACGGUGAAUGCGCAGCGUCGUGACUCUCUCCUUCCUUUCCUCCGCUCCUCAUCUGCCAUCAGAGGUCACAUGGCGGCGGCGGUCAACACCGGUGAGUGUCGCGCGCGGCCGCCGGAGCCCUGUGGAUGGCGGCGCUGUCCCUGCUUCUCUCCGGCCGGUGCGCCUGCUGUGCGCCCCAUGCGCUGGUGCUGCGCGUGCUGCGCCGGCCCUGCAUCUGUCCGGCAAGUGCGCAUGUUGUGCGCCCAGUGAGAACAGGUGUUGCGCGCGGUACGCCGGCGUGCUAGCUGCUUGGCCCUGCUUGCUGCGCGUGCUGCACGGACCAUAUGUACUAAUACGUGAUUUCUCCAUUGAUUUUCUAUCCAACAUGCUAAUCUUUUUUUGUUGUUUUUUUUUGUGCUGCAGCAGCUCAGGUCAAAGGCGACAGGGAAGUCAGGGACUACUACAUCUUCCUAUUGUUGAUUUCUCCCCAAAAUCUGAGGAUUGUAUUGGAGCUAUUGAUGGUACACAUGUACGUGCCUCUGUUACUCCUGAUAUGGAGCCUGCCUUUCGUGGUAGAAAGAAACAUACUACUCAAAAUGUGAUGGCGGCUGUUGAUUUUGAUCUUCGAUUCACAUAUGUGUUGGCUGGUUGGGAAGGGACAGCACAUGAUGCUACAGUUUUACGUGAUGCUUUAAUACGUGAAAACGGUCUACGUGUUCCACAAGGAAAAAAUUUUCUAGUUGAUGCUGGAUAUGGAGUCAAACCAGGGUUCUUGCCCCCUUUUCGUGGUGUGAGGUACCAUUUGAAUGAGUGGGGAAACAGUCCUGUGCAAAAUGACAAGGAGCUGUUCAACCUUAGGCAUUCUUCUCUCCGCACAACCGUAGAACGUGCAUUUGGGUCAUUGAAGAGAAGAUUCAAAAUUCUUGAUGAUGCCACUCCAUUCUUUCUUUAUCCUACUCAAGUAGAUAUUGUUGUGGCUUGCUGCAUCAUUCAGAAUUGGGUUCUAAAUGAUGGGAUUGAUGAAUAUAUCAUACCGGAAGAUGAAUGGGUGCCAAAUAUCACUCAUGCUUCAACAUCAGCUGGACAAGCAGAAGAACAUGCAUACAUGGUUAACUUUAGGCAAGGCCUUGCUGAUCAAAUGUGGGAAGACCGACAAAACUAUAUGCACCAUCAAAACAUGUAGUAGCUACCAUGUCAUUUAGCUUGCUGCAUCCCAAA